AUGGAGUCUAAAUCCAAGAAAACAAGGACAACGAAGAAUAUUUCAAACACCACCACCCAUAUGGUUAACGUCGAUGACAGACUCAGCAAUUUGCCGCAAGAUAUUCUUCACCAUAUCCUCUCCUUCCUUGAAACUAGAGAAGUCAUACUACUAAGCCGGCUGUCAAGAAGAUGGAGACGCGUUUGGAAAUUGAUGCCUUACUUGAAUUUCGACCAAACCCCAUCUGAAUCAAAAGACAGGUUCAUCGGAUUCGGAUGGUCGGUGCUAAGUUUGCGAGAUGGGUUCGAUAUUAAACGUUUCCGUUUAUCGUGUCAUGUAAUUCGUAAACAUGUACUUAAACCACUGCUCUCGGUGGCCAAGAAUCGUGGGGUCGUCGUGCUUGAUCUUGAUAUCAUUAGUUUUAAGUCUUUUGAGAAUGGCAAGGCAUUUGAAUUGCUGAGUUGUUUCGCUGAUUGUAGGCCUUUACCUGAAAUAAACUUGACAUUGGUUGACUCGGGCAUAAGUUAUAUUGAUUCAAUGAGUUUAGCCAUGGUGAGAACCCUACAUCUUGAAAACUCAGAAUUCUGUGGGCAAACUUUUGGUGAAACUGAAAAACUCGUUUUACGUUGUCCACACUUUGAAAACUUCUUGUUGAAAAACUGCUAUAUGCGUCGUCGACCAUUCGAUGUUAUUGACAUCAAAGCCGCUAAUCUUAAGAAUCUGAACCACUUCUUGCAGGGCUACGCCAGUUGCUUAGCUACUCGCGCACCAAUCUUAGAAGCACUUCGCAUCGAUUUUGAUAAGAGAACGAGAAAUCGAUAUCUAAGAUACACCAAUCAAGAGUGUGAAGCUUUGCAGGAGACGUUGGAACAUAAUGUCUCAUGUUUAACUCACCAUCUCAAGAAAGUGGAGAUCAAUAGUUUUGUUUGGAGGAUAAUAGCUUCUGAUCAAUUGGUUAAGUAUUUGCUUGAGAACGGAAAGGUAUUGGAAAAAAUUACUAUUACUUGUCAGAACCCAGAGAAUAAAAGGUUUGUAAGGUUGCAAGAAUUUGGUAGAGCAUCUCCAAAUGUUGCUAUAUCAUUUACCACUUUUAUGGAGAGAAAACCAUUAUGGUUUGAAGUUGAUGAUGGUUCCGGUGAUAGAAUUGAUGGAACUAUGUGA